AUGGGAAUCGACAUUGACCUCACAGUCGCCGUCAUUGGCUGCGGUACCUUGGGAACUGCCAUCGCGGCUGGUAUCCUCGAUCCAAAAGACAAGAGUGGCAUCAACAUCAAGCGCUUAAUAGCUACAGUGGGCACAGAGCCCUCCAAACAGCGUGUCAGAGAUGCGCUGUCCACGCACGAGUCGCGAUUGACAGUCCUUACGCAUGGGGGCAAUGUUCGCGCCAUCCAAGAAGCAGACGUCGUCUUACUUGCUGUGAAGCCCUUCAAGCGAGCAGAGGUCUUCUGUGCUCCAGGGUUCAAGGAGGCCAUCCGCAACAAGCUCGUUCUCAGCAUUAUGGCAGGGAUUACGACAAAGGAGUUCGCUCGUCUUGCGAUUGGUGACGGCGCUGCUCCAGGCAUUCUGCAAGUUGUCCGUGCGAUGCCCAACAUGGCUGCCAAAAUCCGUGAGGCCAUGACGCUCUACACCCCCAGCCCCGGCACGAGCCCAGAGAAUCUAAGUAUCGCGUCCUGGAUCUUCGGCCAGGUUGGCGAAUCUCAUCAGAUCCCCGAGGCUUCCUUCGACAUCUGCGCCGUUCUAGUGGGAUGUGCGGGCUCUUUGCUGCUUCUUGCAGUCGAUGGUCUCCUAGAUGCCGCUGUUGCAGAAGGUGUCAGGAGAUCCGAGGUGCAGAACCUGGUCGUUAACAGCGCUAUCGGUAUGCUGAAGCUUGUUCCUGCUGGAGAUCACCCCAGCGUCUUGAGAGAGAAAAUUGCUUCUCCCGGUGGAUGCUCGAUCCAGGCUCUGUUGGAAUUGGAGAGGCUGGGGGCACGCUCGGCCUUUACGAGGGCUAUUAUGGCGGCCGCGGAGAAGUCCAAGGCCAUGUCCUCGUCCUAG